CCAAAUUUAUUGUGGGAAGCUUGUGGAAGGCUACCUGAAACAUUUGACCCAAGUUAAACAAUUUAAAGGCAAUGCUACCAAAUACUAAUUGAGUGUAUGUAAACCUCUGACCCACUGGGAAUGUGAUGAAAGAAAUUACAUCUAAAUUAAAUCUCACUCUCUACUAUUAUUCUGACAUUUCACAUUCUUACAAUAAAGUGGUGAUUCUAACUGACCUGAGACAGGACAUUUUUACUAGGAUUAAAUGUCAGGAAUUGUGAAAAACUGAGUUUAAAUGUAUUUGGCUAAGGUGUAUGUAAACUUCCAACUUCAAAUGUAAGUGUGUGACUUGUUAAGCACAGUUUCACUUAUUUAGGCUUGCCAUAACUUAGGGGUUGAAUACUUAUUGACUCAAGACAUUUCAGCUUUUCAUUUUUUAUUCAUUUGUCAAAAUUACUCAAAAUAAUUAUACUUUGAAAUUAUGGGGUAUUGUGUGUAUGUGGAAAAAGCCAAGGGGUAUGAAUAUUUUCUGAAGGCACUGUUUUUUUUUUACAUUUCCUGUUGUUGCUUUUAUGUCUUGUGAAGAGUUUAAUGCUAUCAGCUGACAUUAAGUUGAAGACGGAUGAUGACGAUGUUGAUUGCUGUAAAUAAAACAAAAUACUUAAAUGUUAGGACUAUGAAAUAGACCUUUUCAACGUCAAGUGUUCACAAAACUGAAACUCAAACCUCUGCUUUGUACAGGGUUUAUAUUUGUCCCUCUGCACCUGCAUUGAAACAUGGGGUUGGCCACAACAUCGUCACAUGUCAGUUCUGAUAUCAUACUGUAUAUCUAUAGAGGAAGGAGUGAGGUACAGUCACGUCCUUCGUUAUUAUUGCCUCGGUGUGUGUAGAAUAUUAUUACCUUGGUGUGUGUAGAAUAUCGGAGAUAAAGAAUGACUGAAAGAAUGGCUGAGGACGAGCUUGUUCCCUUGGUAGCCCAAGACAAGACCUCCUCUACUGAUUUGUUUAGGAUUGUUCUGGUGGGUAAGACUGGAGCAGGGAAGAGUGCAACCGGAAACACCAUCCUGGGGAAAACGGUGUUUGAAGUGAACGCCUCUCUCAAUUCUGUGACAGACAAGUGUUACAAAACAAUUGGAGAGGUGUGUGGGAUGCGGGUGCAUAUUGUUGACACUCCUGGCAUCUUGGACACAGCGAAGACGGAUGAAGAAGUGAAAAAGACAGUAGGGGAGUGUGUCAACAUGUCUGUUCCGGGACCCCACGCAUUCCUGCUGGUGAUCAGGCUGGGGGGGAGGUUCACAGAGGAGGAGAGGAACACCGUGAAGUGGAUCCAGGAGAACUUUGGAGAGGACGCUUCAUUGCACACCCUCUUACUGUUCACCUGUAAAGAUCAGCUGAAUGGUCAAGAAGUGGUCAACGUUCUGAGAAAGUCCAAGGAUGUACAGAAACUUCUCAACACCUGUGGGGGCAGAUAUCACUCGUUCAAUAACAACGAGAAAGACCCCACUCAGGUUACAGAGCUUCUGGAGAAAAUAAAAGAAAUGGUGGAGAAUAAUGGAGGAAAUUACUACACCAAUGACAUGUAUAAGAAGGCUCAGAAAAAGAUCAAAGAGGAGGAGGAGAAGAGGAAAGCGGAGGAAGAAAAGCAGAGGCAGGAGCAGGAAAGAAUCAUAGAGCAAAGAAUAAGACAGGAGAUAGAAGAGAAGGGGAGGAGAAAGAUAAUGUUCCGUAUGAUAUUGCUUGUUGCUAUUCUGUUAAUCAUAGGAGGGGUGAUUUUAGUAGCUACUAUAGGGGGAACAGUGGCAAAAGCUAUUGGAAUAACAUUAAUUUUUGUAGGAGUAGCAGGUGUCAUAAUAGCAGGUGUCAUAAUAGCUAAGAUUUUCAAGACACAAAGAAGUGAAGCUGGCACACUUGCCUCAGUGUAAAAUUGGGCCUGUUCCAGACAGACCUGGCACCUAUGAACCUAAUGAGAGCCAGGCGGAGCUGUGCCCUUGCAGAUUUGGUUUUUCCUAAUUUUUUAUUAUAAUGAAUUUCUUUGGUCCACAUGCAUUUGUCCAACAACACAAGUAAUCAACCGCAAAAUCAGACAACCCCAUUGUGGAAUAGUUUACCUAUUCAAUUGGUCAGCUUGUCGCAUUCUAUGUGAGAAAAUAAUAUUUAUCUUGAGGCGCUUUCAAAUUGAGAGUGCCACAAGGAAAGAAACUUGCAUGCCCCAGUCAUUGCACAACAUUCAGCUUUGAUGGCUACUGUUAAAAAGAGCAGGAUCACAGCUUUUUAGUGCUUCUACAUUUUAUUUCUGAACUCCAGAAAAUGUGCGGACUGCACCCUUUUAAAACCAGAGUUUUUAGCAACAGCAGGGAUGAUCUGUUUUAGAGCUCGCCAAUGGCGUUGAAUGCAUAGGGGAGAUCGAUGUUAUAUGUAACUUGAAUGAGUGCCAGUGGAAUGUUUUUUGAGGGACAUUCAAUUCAUCAAUAUGUUGCUAACUAGCAAUAAGAUAAGGUUUAUAGUUUGUGAUCGAGCUAAUGAUAUAGCCACUAUGCUGCAUCAGUCGGGCUACAGGUAAUACUUGUUAUUGAUAAAUAGCACACCUGCUUGCUAAUAUGGACCAAUAUGUUAUUGGAUAAUUUCUGGAGGGGGUAUUUAUAUUUUAGAUGGUGACAGCAUAAUUGCAUUUUUAUUCAUUUUGGAGUAGAAUCCUUUUUGAAAAAGUCACCAGAACGGACCUUCGUUCUACAAAACGUUUUUUAGGUCCAUCCGUGACCUUGUCACCAUUGCUACAAAAAAAAUACAGGGAAACACUUACCAAGAAUGUUUUAGUUGUUACAGCUUGGACACUUACUUUUGUUUACCAAUUUGUUCAAUUAUUCUUUAGUCCUUUAACAGUGCCUUCAUUUUCAUAAAAUAAUUAUGAAAAUAUUUUGGGUGUAGAAGCUUAAUUAGCAAUGAAGUUACCAAAUAAACAUCCCUGUGUGUCCAUUUUUAUUUUUGCAUUUUUUAUUUAACCUUUAUUCAACUUGGCAAGUCAGUUAAGAACAGAUUCUUAUUUACAAUGACAGCCUACCACAGCCAAACCCGGACGGCGCUGGGCCAAUUGUGUGCCACCUUAUGGGACUCCCAAUCACGGACGGAUGUGAUACAGCCUUGAUUCCAACCAGGGACUGUAGUGACACCUGUUGCACUGAGAUGCAGUGUCUUAGACCGCUGCUCCACUUAUGUUAGUAAAAACAGGAAGUCAUCAUUGUUUUUGUUAACAAAAAGGGAAUUAUGAAAAUGUUUGUGCCUUUAUCUGAAUUUACAGUAGAAUGUUUUAUAUAUCUAGUUGCAAAUUGUUUAAAACAAAUUGUGUUUCUGCUUCAAUGGAAGUCUACAAACCUAUGAGCAGACAAGCCUAUCAACUGAAUGCAUGGAAUUGUAUUGUGAUGAUACCAGUGAAUGAAUCCUGCACACAAUAUGCUUAUCAGGAGUAAUAUUUGAUGUGUAAAAUUGUUUGGUGAAAUAUGCAUAAAAGGAUAGUAAUCACCCAUAAUUCUGCACCUUUCGAUAGUUGUAUUUCCAUGUUUCAUGAUUUAGUGACUGUAAAGAAAAUCUAUUAAUCUACUGGGAUUUUGUAAAAGACUGACUAAGUAUUGAUGAAAGUAUUUAUGUUUUGAGAAGGCUACUUCAUUGUUCCCAACAAUAAAAUUGGGGAGGGGACUGUG